UCUCUCUAUCUUCCUUCUUCUCCCCAUUCUGGAAUUUUUUUCUCCAUCUGCUCUCCUUUCCUUUUAUGAAAGAUUUUUUUUUUUUGUGUGUGUGUGUGGAGAAAGUCGCCAUCGAAGGCGACGGGUAAGCAGGCUAGUUAGCUAGGGUUUCUUGACCGAGCUGGGAGCUGCAAAGCUUUAGGGUUUCCUAAAAAUUUCCCCCUUUUCUUUCCCCUCUCUUCGCCUGAACUCGAGACGAGACAUCGUCUUAGACCUAGCAGAAGCUCAAGUCCAGUUCCGUACAGCUGCCGCCUUCUCCUUCCUGGCAGCUAGUGGUGACAGUUCAUGUCUUUCGGGUUUAUUUACUGGUCUUUCCUUUUCAUUAGUUGAAGCCAUCGACGAGAACGACAAGACCACUUCUUCCCUGCAGCUGAAGCCGAGACUUUUCCGCGUCGAUCAUCGUGGAAGAUGGUGAGAGGCAAGAUUCAGAUGAGGAGGAUCGAGAACGCUGCGAGCAGGCAAGUCACCUUCUCGAAGCGGCGGAAUGGUCUCCUCAAGAAAGCCUACGAGCUGUCCGUUCUGUGCGACGCCGAGGUCGCCGUGAUCAUCUUCUCACAAAAGGGAAGGCUUUACGAGUUUGCCAGCUCCGACAUACGAGAAACAAUAGAACGCUAUAGUAGAUAUGCCAAGGAUGUGCAGACAUACAAGAGUGACAUGGAAUGCCAAGUCUUGCAUCUGAAGCAUGAAACGGCAGAAAUGGAAAGGAAGAUCGAGAUCCUUGAAGUUUCUCAAAGGAAGCUUUUAGGCCAAGGUUUGGGGUCAUGCUCCAUGGAGGAGCUCCAUGAGAUGGACUCGCAGCUAGAGCGAAGCUUGAGCAGUGUUAGAGCCAGAAAGGCUCAGUUGUUUAAUGAGCAAAAGAGACAAUUGGAGGCGAAGGAGAAGCUCCUGCUAGAAGAAAAUGCGAGACUGCUUGCAAAGUGCAGCGAGAAUCACUGGGAGACGAGAUCAGCAUCUCAAGAGAGAGGAGCAAUCUACCAAUUGAGCAGCAAUGGUCCUUAUGGGCUCGAUGUUGAGACAGAACUGUUCAUCGGGCUUCCAGAAAUGCGGUAUUCAAAGCAGCAGCAAUAGCACUGGCAACAACCGCAGCAGCAAAGGAAUCAGCCCCCAUCAAUCACCUUCACCAAAACUUGAUGAUUGCAGCCUUUCGUUUCUCCAAUUUUACCUUUCGACCAAUAAUGGAGCUUUCUGAUAUCAAUUUGGCUAGCUCAUGGCCGAAUCCUACCCCUUCCAGUCGAGCA